AUGAGGCUAAAAUCCCCUGCAGGGCUGAUUAUCAGUGUUUCUGUGCUUGUCGCAGCCGGUAUUGCCGUGUAUGAGUCGCCUCAGUUUCAACAAUGGGUAUCGAACUCGCGGCGAAAGAUUGCCUUGGCGCUACACAACCUGGGUGAUGAGAUACAACCUCGUGACAUACCGCUGAGAGAAGACAUAUCUAUGACCGAAGAGUCCGGCCAGGCUGCCGAGGAGAGAAGACGAAUUGCUCGUGCGGAAAUCAUGCGACGCGGUGCACUUAUCGAAUCCCGAAGGGAAUCCCAGAACACAGUCCAACCCCGUAACAGCUUCGACAUGCUCGUCGACGAGGAUGGCCACUUGCGUGGAACGAAACACCACUUUGACGAUGUACAACUUAGCCAAGAAUCCACAGCAAGAUCGACCGGGCUAGACCGGGAAACUUCUGGGCCUAUCCGUCGGAGUGGUAAAUUGAUCGACGAUGACCCCUCAGUUGCCGUGGCCAGGGAUCCGUUACACAUCCAGCUCGCUCCACCAGCUCCUCCGAGCUAUAACAUUCAAUCUUCGACUCAGCUCACGCCCACUUCAGAUGAUGCAGGAGAGAAUCCGUUCUUUGACCCAUUUUCUCCAAACUCACCUACCUUGUCUUCCGACUCGAGCCACACAGAAGGCCAUGAGCAGGUGUACUAUGCGCACCCCGGUGCUCCAGACACCGUGAGCAAUCAUAGUAAUGUGCUUGUUGACUUGGAUGGGCUUGAUCAAGAGCUUGUUCAGUCACAUCAUGAUAUCUCGGCCGCUCCUUCAACGAAUGGAAGCUUCACUCAUGUUGGCGAUUCCGAUGACGGCACUUCAGAUGGCACUCUCAGUGACCUUGGGGUGAGAUCUGUUGGCGGAGUUGCAACCCCGGCGAGCUGGUCCGAGGUGGGUAGUGUAAUAAGCAACGAAGAUGCCGGCCAUCAUUGA